AUGGCUAGUACUGCAUCGAGCCCUCCAUCGGAGUCUACGACUUCCUCGUCACCCGUCACGACGAUUGAGGCUCCUGUACAGUCCACAACGGGCCAACCACAAUCCGCGAACGAACAGCAGCCACAACCACCACAGCAAGGACGACAAAACCAAUUCCACCCUCCAGCCAAACGCAUCCUCAUCCCAGACCAACUCACCGCGUUCCAAAACUCGCAAACGCAUGCUGAUAUCGUGGAGUUUAUUACGAGGUUGAAUAAGAGCGUCAAGGGUGCGAAGUUGAGUGAUAGGUUUGAGGGAGAGGGGAGGCCUAUCAUCCAAGCCAUCCUCAAGAUCCUCGACGAAGUGCAGCAGAUUGCUAAAGAGACGCCACCGAUUGAGAACCCCGGUUCGAGGUUUGGGAAUCCUGCGUUUAGGACGUUUUAUGAUCGGGUUGGGGAGGCCACCGAACCCCUCCACACAACACACCUCGUCCCACUCGGCCUCCCACCCGCCUCCAUCCCCGAAAUUGGCACCUACUUCAAGGAGUGCUGGGGUAACCGCACGAGGAUUGAUUAUGGCAGUGGGAUGGAGGUUAAUUUUAUUUGUUGGUUGAUAUGCCUGGAGAAACUUGGGCUCUUUUCUUCCUCUUCUUCCUCGUCUACUACCGCCUCUCCAUCCUCAAACAUUCCCUCUCCACAAGAUGCCUCAAACACCACCUCUCCAUCUUCAACCGGUACCUCCUCCUCGACCUCCCCAUCCCCGGCCGAAGACCUAGCCACCCCCCUCGUCCUCCGCAUCUUCUGGACCUACAUCCAAACCAUGCGUCUCCUCCAGUCUCAGUACUGGCUCGAACCCGCUGGGAGCCACGGUGUGUGGGGGUUGGAUGAUUACCAUUUUUUGCCGUUUUUGUGGGGGAGUGGGCAGUUGGUUGGCCACAAGUUCAUCAGACCACGCGCGAUCCACGAUGCGGAAGUUGUGGAAGAGUAUGCGAAGGAUUAUAUGUAUUUUGCGUGUAUUGCUUUUAUCAACUCGAUCAAGACCGCUUCGCUACGGUGGCACUCGCCGAUGUUGGACGAUAUUUCAGCUGUGAAGACUUGGGAUAAAGUUAACGAAGGUGCGUCUCUUUCCUUUCCUCCCCUCACUCUCCUUAUCUCGUUUCUCCUUGUCGAGAAAUCUACUCCCCCACCCCCAUUCUUCAUCACCACGUCCACCUCCACGUCCAGGAAGACACUAACUCACUCUUCUAUUCUUUCCACUACUACGACGACGCAUCUAGGCAUGAUCAAGAUGUACAAAGCGGAAGUACUGGGCAAGCUCCCUGUGAUGCAACAUUUCUUGUUUGGGAGUUUGUUACCGUUUCCUGUUUAUGUACCUUCGACUGAGGCUGGGUCUGUGGUGGCACCGAGUGUACCGAAUGCCUCAGCCAUCGUCGUGCCCUCCUCUGCUUCUCCCUCUGCCUCCUCUUCCACUACGUCCUCUGCCCCGACGCGUGGAGCACCGGACGGCAAGGAGGGUGAUAAGAAGGAGCACGUACAUGAUCCCAACUGUCUCAAUGCAGUUGGAGUUGGGGGAGGACCGGAAGCCCAAGGUCAUGCGCACCAUGCCCACUCGCAUGUUCCGAGGAAUAUUCAUCCGAAGGUGUUGGCUAGUUUGAAGGCGAGGGGGGAGGUUGUUGAGGGGUUGGGUGGGGGGCAUGGAACCGAUUUAGGAGGAGCAGGGCAGCGAGAGGUUGGGUGGGGCGAUUGUUGUGGGAUUCCGGUACCGAGUGUGUUUGGAGCUGCUGCUGAGGCUGGAGGGCAGCCUGGACAAGGUGGAGUGCAGGGACAGAGGUAUUCGUUGAGUGGGGUGCGGCCUGUGCCUUUUGAUUAG